AUGGCAAAACCAGGAGUAGCAGAAGUAGAGGUUGCAGGAACAGAGAUAGUGAGAGCGGGAGAACCAGACACAGAGACAAGUGUAGAAGAUUUGAGAGCAGCAGAGGAAGAAACAGAGAGAGAAGCAGCAGAGAAAGAAGUAGCAGAAGAGGGUGUAUGA